AUGGUAUUGUACAGUACAGGAACUUGGGUGAGUGAAAUGUCCCGUAUGUCGCUAGUACUGGAAUAUCCCCACCCGGAUUGGAUUGGAGCAGAAACCAACCAGGACAUGGAUAAUGCUCUGCGCACCGCUUGUAAUGUAAUUGUACCCCCACACAAAUCAUCACCAUGGCUCUCCAUGUAUGUCGGUCGGUCAUGGAGAUCGGCCCGACCCCACAAAAAUUAUCGUAAGUUCGUCUCGUCUGAUCCACCAGACUCUUGA